AUGGAUGCAUCAGAUGUGCUGUUCAACGGGCCUGUUCGCUGUAUUGUUGGAUACAAAAAGCGCUCAAACUCGCGAUACUAUUGGCAAGCGAGCAGCAGGGUAUUGCUAGACAAACGGCAGUCAUUGGUCGGCAGCGAUGACAUGAACCCCAUAAGAACCUUGUUCAUUGCAAACCAGACGAUUGAAAGAAGUUUAAAAAGGGCAUUAAAUUCAGUUCAGGCGCAGCCACAGGGCCUUCGGAGUCCCUAUCUGGCAUCAGUAGGCCCUUGGGUCUUGAUGAAGGGAUGGCGGCAGUUGGUUGUGGUAGCGGGAACUACUCUUUUUUUGGCGGCUGAAGAUCCAGAGGACACAUUUUCUCCAAAGAGAGACAAGAAUCAGUCCUCGAUCCAUGCAAACUCGAAUCCAUUCCGCGGUUCGGGGGCUCUACAGAUGCAAAUGCACAGGACAAUGUACUAUACAUACAUCCAUGUACAUGUACAGUACAUGCACCUUGCUUCGGCAGCCAGCCGCCAGCUCCGGGGGACGUUAUUGGCUUGGCCCAGCUACGGUACUCGCCCAGCUCGCCCAGAACACUUGAUGCACAACCGCACCGCAACAGCGCAGCAGCAGAAACUCCCGUCCAAGGCCAAGACGGACUACUGCAUCCCCAGCAAAGAAGCGAGGGCGAAGGAAAGAGCCAAAUCCUGGCUUAUUGCCGGUGCUAUCCACAAUGGCGUAACCAAACAGGUUACAAAACCCAAGUUGAAGUCCCAUUCCGAACACCUCAUGAAGCGCGUCUCGAGAGCGUGUUUGCACUGUCGCCAGCGCAAAUCUAGAUGCGACUUGGAUAGUAGUGGAAGUCCGGGCACUCCGCCUUGUCAGCGUUGUCUACGAGACCAUCGUGAAUGCGUCCUAGGUAGCUCAAACAGAGGGGGUCGCCGUAUCCGCAAGCCAAAAACUGCCAAUCUUGACAUACAUUCCAAUUCCUCACCGGCCAGGGUGAUGCAGCUUGCUCCGAGCGGUGCCCCCGGCCCGACGGACCCCCAUUCGUUCCCGCGGCCAUAUUCAUCAGAUCACUAUGGGAGAUCGGAUCCACCCACUGCAUCUACGAUCAAUAUAGAGGACGACGAUUCAUCUUCAACUACUGACAGCGCAAUCGGAUCCGUUCCACGGAACCCGUCUGACGCAUGGCAAUGUUUGACAAACGUUGCCAAGCGAGGCGCAGAAAGCGCAAAUCUUGAGAAAACGGGAGAUCAUUAUUCCGAAUCAAAAAGCCGUGUUCGACUUCCCGGGGUUGAAGACGAGGAGUCUGAACCAGGAAUCAAGGCGUAUCGGCUUAUCAAGAAUAGGUCUCUCACCCGUGAAACCGUUUCCCAGCUGGUGACGCGCUACGCCGCCAAUUUCCAUCCUUAUCUCCCCCUUGUUCCACGAAAGUAUUUUGAUCCAUCUGCCCUGGAAUCAUUUGCGUCCCAGGAGAAGCAUCUUCUGACUGCGGUCCUCACCAUUGCCUCAAAGGACCUUGUGGAAACGCCUCAGGUUCAUGAGGUUUGCUCCAAGUACAUGCACGAGCUCAUUUCUGGCAUCGCUGCUGGCGCAGAUUGCGAUGUCGAAGCGGUCGAGGCACUGCUCAUCCUUGCCGAAUGGGAGCCCCAGGGCCUACGGCCAAAGAUUGAAGCUGUAGGGCGAGGAGAGGAAGACAGAGCGGCAUGGAUGCAUGUUGGACUGGCUCUCCGCUCUGGAUAUUUCCUUGGACUUGAUCGGACUUCUUUUAGAGGCGAUCCAGUAAACGACACACAAAACGACGGGCGGAAGCGAUUGGCAUGGACCAGCUGCUAUAUUUCAGAUAGGUUGAUAUCCGUUCGCAUCGGUCGAGCAUUUUGGUCUCGGGGCCCUGGCCCUAUGACUGGGCUUGUCUCUAAAGACUUCCCAUCUCUACAGCCUCUCACCUCAACGGAUGAAGAUUAUGCGAAGAUUUUCCAGGCACUCUUGGAUCUCACACAACUGUACGGAAACGUCCAUGAUGUCCUCUACUCGGGAAUGCGCACGAGCAGUCAGAUGAUGUUAAUGGGGGACUAUGUGAAAUACGUUGAUGACUUCCGCAAUGCCAUUGAGCGCUGGAAUCGAAACUGGGGUACAUUGACUUGCUCUCAACACAUCAAAGUAACUCUGCAGAUGUCUUACGAAUAUCUGAGGCUGUACACAAACGCGUUUGCCUUCCAAGCGGCGAUUUCUCAAGCACUCACAUCCAAACCCAAAGGAGAUGCUCCUAGCCAGCGAGAGCACCUACGGGCAGCAUUUAGCAAUGUUGCAUCCAUGCAAGACGCCCGUUUUAUAUAUGCAUCAGUUGAUGCGGCGAAGUCCUAUCUCACAAUCUUGAAUAACUACGUUGAUCCCGAGAAACAUUUACAUUUCAUGCCCUUACGAUAUUAUCUGUAUAGCAUUUAUGCCGCAGUAUUUUUAUACAAGGCCCGCUCAUUUGGAGUAAUGAAUGCUCCAGAGGAGCAAGCCGUUCGGCAUCUGAUAAACCUUACCACAGACAGACUCCACAGAGCGAGUGCUGGUCCCGAUGACAUCGGCUCCCGAUAUGCUCGAUUGCUCGAACUUCUGUGGAAACCCAAGGCAUCGUCAUCGUCAUCGAAUACUCAAGAGCAUCAGCGCAAGGAUGAAAGUGUCCCGACAGGAACAGUCCCAAAUAGGCUGCCAGAACAGCCCUAUAUACAGUAUUCACCAAUGAACGAUUUCUCAUGGUUGGAUCUCGAGGCUGUAGGUGACUAUGUCUCUGGAUAUCCAAUGGGGAAUCCCACCUUCAUGGGCAUGAAUUCGUUUCCGCAUCAUAAUCCAUAUCCGAGCAUCUUAAGGGUCAGCUGCUCCACGCUAAGCUUCAAAUUGUUCAGCGGGAGACAACUCUACGCCAGUUGGUAUAUUGAUGCGCAGAAAUCUUUCGGUUUCAGAAUAGGGGCAGCAUUUGCUCGUAGACUUGCCACAAGGGGCAUGCAUCUCGCCUUAACCUACUCCAAAAACCUCGAUGCGAUGCGCGCGGUGCUUGACUCCAUCAAACAGCAAAGGAACCAAUCCACAGGACCACCCCCACGCAUUUCAAUACAUCAAGUUGGCGUUGGCGUCCCCGAACAGAUCAGUCGCAUGUUCCACGAGAUUGACCAAGCGCACAAACAACUUCCAGACAUCUUGGUGUCAAAUGCCGGAUACGGCAGGCGCAUCCCACAAAUAUGGGAUAUAUCGUUGGAGGAAUUUGAUUACACACUCAAUGUAAAUUUGCGGGCGUCAUCUAUUCUUAUAAAGGGGGUAGUGGAGCGGAUGAAGGAACAGCGAUGGGGACGGAUUGUGUUUAGGUCUUCCAUAGCAGGAUAUGGAGGGGGGAUUAACGGAUGUCCCGAAUAUAAUAUCAGUGUCAAUGACGUUGCACCCGCUAUGAUUGGCGAAACGGGCAUGAUACCCAACGCCCAGGCCUUUCCGGAAGUCGCAGCGGGUAUCCCAUUAGGCCGAUUAGGAACUCCAGAGGAGGUUGCAAAUGUGGUGGAGAUGUGUGUGCAGACGGGCUAUUUAACAGGGCAGAGUGUGUUGCUGGCUGGGGGUCUGAAAUAA